CUACUGAAAAUAUAUUUAUUAGGGCAAGAAAAACCAUGCGGCUCAGUACAGUACCAGAUGCAGUUAGCAGUAUGUUUGUUUGUUUACUAUUAGUGAGUGAGACAGAGACUAUGAAAGUGUGAGACCUUAAUAGUAUUCAAUUGGAUGACUUCUAUACCAUUGUCUAAGGAUAUAAUUGACUGGAUAAUUCCAUGUCCUACACUUGGAGAUCUAUCUAGUAACUCUUCUGAUAUAGAUAAUGAUAUAGGUUAUCUAUUGAAUUGGAUGCAACCUUACUUUCCUCCAUCAUUAACUAGUAAUACAAUUCCAGUUACAAGUACAAGUACAAGUACAAUUACUAAACCAAAUAAUGAUAUAAUUGAACCAUCUCAAAGAGUUAAAGCAGCCAUACGAAGUUGUUUAAAAGAUGAUUCAAAUCAAAUCGAAUUUAUACGAUUAUAUAAUAAUUCCAUUACUAUUCAAUUUAAUCAAUUCUUUAAUGAAUUAAAUAAUUCAACCAUGAAUUUCUUAGAUUAUUUUCAAAUAAUUAAAAUUAUUCAUAGUUAUUAUAUAUUCUAUUUACAAUAUCUUAAUAUUUCACCUUUAUGUAAGGAUAUAUUUACAAGAAAUCUUAAUUCAUUAUUCUAUGAGAAUUUAAUUAACAAUAAUCAAAGUCAAUUUUUAAAUUCAUUAAUGAAUUAUUUAGAUAAUUCCUUAUAUAAUUUAAAUUCAAAUUCAAAUUCAAAUUCAAGCACCACCAAUUCCAAUCGAAUUAUAUCAGUUAAUGAAAUUAUGCAUACAUUAAGUUCAAUUAAUUUAAUUAAUGAAGCCAAUCAUAUUAUGAUUAAAUUAUCUAUACAAAAGAUUAAAUGGUUUAUAACUAAUCAUUGUUCAAAAGUAUGGAAUCGAUAUUUAUUAGAAGUAAUAAAUCAAUAUAUUCAAAAUAAAAUAUAUCCAAAUUUUUUAAUAGGAUUAAAAUAUUCAAGUGAAGGAAAUAUUGAUUUAAAUAUUUAUCUUUAUGAUCUUAUAAAAAUUGCUCAUGAUGAAUUAGUUUCUUUAAGAAUAAAAGAAAUUUAUGAUAUAAUUUUAAAUUAUCCUCAUAGUUCUCAAGCUUUAUAUGAAUUAUAUCAAUGUUUUCUGAUAAAAUUUAAUCAUAAUAAUUAUAAUCAACAAAUUAAUUUUGAAGAUUCAAAUAAUUCAUCAACCAAUUUAAUUAAUGAUGUAUCAAAUUUAUCAAGUUUUUCAUAUUUAGUUAAUUUUUCAUUAAAAUCUCAAUCUUAUCAAAGAACUAAAUUAGUUGAUAAUUUUAUUAAAUUAAGUCAUGAAAAGAUUUUACAUUCAGGUGCAAAUACUAUUGAUGUAAUUAUUACUUAUAUUAAUACAAUAAAAUCAUUUUUAAUUAUUGAUCCAAAGGGUGUACUUUUAGAUAAAGUUGCCAGACCAAUUAGAACUUAUUUAAAAACAAGAGAAGAUAUAAUUAUUAAAAUUGUUGAAGGAUUAUUAGAAGAAGAUGAUAAAAGUGAAUUAAUUGAAUUAUCUCAAGAAUUAAGAAAAAUUGAUAAUUUAGAAAAGCAACAACAAAUUAAUAUUGAUGAUGGAUUAGAUUUAAAUUGGUUACCUGAUCCAAUUGAUGCAUUACCUGAUUUUAAAAAGGCUAAAGUAACUGAUAUAAUUGAAUCAUUAAUAUCAAUAUUUGAUUCAAAUGAAAUAUUUAUUAGUCAAUUUACAAAAUUAUUUGGAGAAAAAUUAAUUAAAAUUCAUAAUUAUGAUGUUAAAAAUAUUGAACAACAUCUUAAUUUAUUAAAAUUAAAAUUUGGUAAUAAUGAAUUUACUUCAUUAGAUAUUAUGAUUAAAGAUAUAAAAGAAAGUAAAUUAAUUAAUGAAAUUAUUAAAUCAAAUAUUAAUAAUGUUUCAGAAAAUUUUCAUACAUCAAUAUUAUCACAUUUAUAUUGGCCAACCAUUAUUGAAAAUAUUUCAGAAGAUGGUGAUUUAUUUAAAGUACCAAAUAAUAUUGAAGAAAUAUUUACUCAAUUUUCUAAACAAUUUUCAAAUUAUAAAUCUGGUAGAAGUUUAAAAUUUUUACCAAGUUUAGGAUCAGUUAAAUUACAACUUGAAUUUAAUAAUAAUAAAAUUAAAUCAUUUAAUGUAUCACCGGAUAAAGCAUCAAUUAUAUCAUUAUUUAAUGAUCAACAUGAAGAAUUAUCAGCAGAAUAUAUUAGUGAAACUUUAGGUAUGACUCCAUAUAUGGUAUCUGAUGGAUUAAGUUUUUGGGUUAAGGAAGGGGUAUUAUUACAAGUUACUAAAUCUCUUUAUAUAGUUAAUGAUGAUAAUGAUGAUAAUAAUAAUAAUAAUAAUUAUGGAGAUAAUGAAGAAGCAGAAGUAUCUAUUGAAGGAUUAGAAAUAGGUAGUGUUACCUCCGAUAUAGAACCUAAAUCAUCUUUAACUAUUCCUCCAUUAAAUAUACUUUGGCCCAAUAUUCAAACCCUUUUAGAAAAUAUUACUAUGUUAAGUUCAGAAAAGAUAUUAACAUUAUUAAAGCUUCGAGUUCCCAUUGAACUAUAUGAUGUUCGAUCAUUAAUAAUCAAUGAUUUUGAAGAGUACUUGGAUUGGUUAGUUGAACAAGGGAAAUUAGAAUUACUGGGAGGGUUUUACAAAUUAAAGAAUUAAUUAAUAAUUAAUUAAUUAAGU